GUAAACAUCGAGGAAGAAGAAGAAACCAAAGCAGGAAAAAGCAGACGCAGAAGAAGGAGAAGAAGAAGAAGGAGCGACAGCAGCAGCAAUAGCUCUGUGGUUGUGACGGGCCUUAUCGACGUUUACAUUUAGAUUGUGAAUUUUUCAGGAAUAUACUCAUUAUGCCAACAAUUAAGCUUCAAAGCUCCGACGGAGAGAUGUUCGAAGUGGAUGUUGAAAUCGCCAAGCAGUCUGUGACUAUAAAAACAAUGUUGGAAGAUUUAGGCAUGGAUGAUGAAGGGGAUGAUGAUCCUGUCCCUCUCCCAAAUGUCAAUGCAGCCAUUCUCAAAAAGGUAAUUCAGUGGUGCACACAUCACAAAGAUGACCCCCCACCCCCUGAGGACGAUGAGAACAAAGAGAAAAGGACUGAUGACAUCCCUGUGUGGGAUCAGGAGUUCCUCAAAGUGGACCAGGGCACACUCUUUGAGCUCAUUCUGGCUGCAAAUUAUUUGGACAUCAAAGGAUUGCUAGAUGUCACCUGCAAAACAGUUGCAAAUAUGAUUAAAGGAAAAACCCCAGAAGAAAUCAGGAAGACGUUCAAUAUUAAAAAUGACUUCACAGAGGAAGAGGAAGCUCAGGUACGCAAGGAGAACCAGUGGUGUGAAGAGAAAUGAAGUUCAUCUAAACAAUGUCACACUGCAAGGAUUGUUCCCAAAACACAUUUACUGGUUGCACUGCAUUAUUCAUAUUUGCUGAUAUUUACCAGUAGACCAGUAGAAUUAGUCAUUUGUGUAUUGAUAGCAUGAUCAUCCUCAUUGCUUGUUUAGUGAAAGACUAUAAUUUAAGUGGUAUCUGUUUUUAUUCUUUGUAUAUUCAGCAGAAAUAAAUAGUAUAUUCACCUCUCCCAAGCAGAUGACCAUUUACUUUUUUUUUCUUUCUUUUAUUUUUGGAAUAAAGUCAUCAGGAACCCAAGGUGAAUUUUGAAAGUUUUGCAGCCUGAGCAUUUUUUAGGAAUGUAGACUUGUGUGUCUAGGCUUCUCGUAACUUCUUAAUUCUAUUCUUAUAACAAAGCAUAGACUUAUCUUUUUAGUUAAAAAAUAAAACCAACAAAAUGUG